AUGGCGUUAUACUACAUGGAGAAGGACGAGAUUUUCUACUCCAAGGACGAUCAGAGCCAAGAGGAUGAAAAAAGCAGGACUCAUACACUUUUGGAGGAGAUUUUGGAGAAGAAGUCUAUUCUGAUUCGGACUUUGAAAAAGAACCAGGUUGUGAAGCACCUGAACCAGAACUGCCUGACUCAUACAACACCAAUAAAGGCUCCCCUAAACUAUGGGUUGAAUUAG